ACUAUUUACUAAACUCUUAUACACAGCACUCUCCAGGGAAUACAUGUCGGCGCUCCGAACACGACCACAACUGAUGAAGAAGUUGGUGAACUACCACAUGGUGAACGGAAAAGUGAUGUCUGACCAAAUGGUUGGUCAGCAAGACUAUGCCAGUAAGUCCACCGUCAGGAUAAAGGUCAAUGUCUACAGAAAAGGCAUAAUGGUGGACGAUGCCAGAGUGAUGACUUCUGACCGAAAGAGUGGUAACGGCGUUAUUCAUACCAUUGACAAAGUCCUCAUACCACCAGAACAAACGUUGAUGGGGCUCGUUCAGAGUGACCCUACCCUAAGCCAAUUCCGUCAAGCCAUUGAGGUCGCUGGCGUUAACAAGUUAUUGAAUACGGAAAACCUUCAACUUACUGUACUGGCUCCCACCAACGACGCGUUUGAUGCUAUGACUAGGACACGACUGAACAGACUGAUGUCAAACCCAGGCUUACUAGAGAAGCAUCUCCAACACCAUAUAGUGAAACGAUUCGUAGUUCCAUGCGGCUUCCAGCCAAACACCAACUACAACAUGAAAUCAUUGCAAAAUGAGACGCUGCGGUUUAGCCUCGACAGAACUGGCAAGAUGAAAGUGUUCCAAACACCGAUGACACCUCUCAAUAAUAACACCAUGGCAGUGAAUGGCAUUCUGUAUAAGAUCAAUAAUUUCCUGCACUGUGAAUGCAACGAUCGUCCGGGGGUACACGGAGGCUGAUUUAGUUACAGGCCAUCUUUAUCGGGAGUUUAUCAAAAUUUUCAGUUUAAGUUGAUUGAUAUUAUUUGGUCCUGGGGUAGGGAAGAAAAAGAAAGAAAGGAAUCGAAUGUGGAAAAAGCACAAAUGGAUAGAUUAAUUGUAACGUUUAAUA